AUGCGCUUGAAUCUUACCUAUGUUGUUGUCGUCGUUGCUGGUAUCGGACUUAGUGUCAUAUCUUCUGUGAAGGCAGCCCCUGUGCCGACAGUCUUUGUCAAGUUCCGUGAACCUUGGGGCAUCGAUUCCGGGACACCGAGCGCACCAAAGGAGGUUAAAGCUGAACUGCAAAAGCUUGUAGAAUCUUAUGCGGAAUUCUUGACGAUUAAACCCAGGGACUGCCCCGUGGUGCAGUUGGAAAACACAUUCAUAAGUCAAAGGGCAAAUGGUCCACAUAAUUAUGAAGUCGACUUCCAUGGGAUGGGCGAGUGCAAGGAGAAGGGUGACUGCACUGUAGGUUUUGUGGGGGGUCUGCCAUCUAUUAACAAGGGGUACCACGUUAUAUUCCCAAAACAUCUCUUUGCCAGUGGCACGUACGAACCCAACCCGCACGCGAUACGGUAA